AUUCCAUCAUCAUCUUAUAGGGUUAUUCCAUUAGGUGGUCGCGACCCAAAAACAUCCUCAACUGCUUUGAUUCGAAAUCCUGUUGAUUCAACAGCUUCUCCAUUUGGCUGGCAUGAUCUCAACAAUGGAGAUGGUUCUGUUUCUAUUACCCGAGGCAAUAAUGUAGUUGCACAUGACAACUCCAACAGAAGAGACAAUCCCAACACUGGACUCGUUACUGCCCAGAAUUUUGAUUUUGAUUUCAAGUUUGAUGACAACCAGCAAGAGCCAGGACAAUACAAGGAUGCAUCGAUUACUAAUGUCUUCUUCUUGUCAAAUUCAUAUCAUGACAUUUUGUUCAAAUAUGGGUUUGAUGAGCAGGCUGGUAAUUUCCAAAACAUCAAUGCAGGCGGGUCCGGACGAGGCAAUGAUGGAAUUAUUGCACAUGUGCAAGACGGAGAAAGGUUCAACAAUGCGAAUUUCUUUACGCCACCAGAUGGACGGCCAGGCAUCAUGCGCAUGUUUCUAUUCAACAAAAGCAGACCUCGACGUGACUCAGGUCUUGAUAACGGAAUUGUGUUGCACGAGCUCACUCAUGGUCUAUCAACUCGUCUGACUGGUGGGCCUAGUAACUCCAACUGCCUUCAGUUUACUGAAGCUGGUGGUAUGGGUGAAGGAUGGUCAGAUAUCGUCGCUUUAGUUCUUGAAAUGCUACCCACUGAUACACCUGAUACUACCAAGGUUGUUGGUGGAUAUUCAACCAAUGAUCCACGUGCAGGGGUUCGUUUUAAUCCCUACUCCACCAGUACUAGUGUCAAUCCAAGCACUUAUGCGAGAAUUCGCAGAAACACCGAGGUGCACGCUAUUGGAGAGAUCUGGGCAUCUAUGCUUUAUGAAGUUUAUUGGAAUUUGGUAGAAAAACUUGGAUUUUCCACCAAUAUUAAAGAUGACGCAAAAUCUGGUAAAGGCAAUACUCUAUUUUUGCAGCUUAUUGUGGAUGGCAUGAAGCUUCAGCCCUGCAAUCCAACUUUGAUUCAAGCCAGAGAUGCCAUAAUUCAAGCAGAUAAAGUAGCAAAUGGUGGUUCUAAUUUCUGUGAAAUUACUCGAGGAUUUGCUAAACGAGGCAUGGGUAUCAGAGCAGUAGAUAAUGGUCGAUUUGUCGACGACUUUACCAAUGAUAGCAGAUGUGCUUAG